UCAUGCAAUGCAACACACACCCUUGAUCACACACCAAGUCACUAACCCUAGCUAAACACAGCAGCUAAAUUCUUGAGUUUCCGGCCAUGCCGAUCCACGAAAUCGCGGUAGGGAGGUACGACGAGGUCCGCCACCCGGGCGCCAUCAAGGCGGCGGCGGCGGAGUUCUUCAGUACCCUGAUUUUUGUGUUUGCUGGCCAAGGCUCUGGCAUGGCAUUCAGCAAGCUCACUGCGGGUGGUGCAACUACUCCAGCUGGCCUUGUGGCGGCUGCGGUGGCUCAUGCAUUCGGGCUUUUUGUCGCGGUGGCUGUCGGAGCUAAUAUCUCCGGGGGCCAUGUUAAUCCUGCUGUCACGUUCGGAGCCUUUGUUGGUGGAAAUAUUACUCUGGUUAAAGGAAUUCUCUACGUUAUUGCUCAGUGUCUUGGCUCCACUGUCGCUUGCCUUCUCCUCAGUUUCACCACCGGUGGCAUGCCAACAUCAGCCUUUGCAUUGUCGGGCGUGUCAAUAUGGAGCGCCUUCGUGUUCGAGAUCGUGAUGACAUUCGGACUAGUUUACACCGUGUACGCCGUCGCCGUCGACCCAAAGAAGGGUGACCUCGGAAUCAUCGCACCCAUUGCAAUCGGUUUCAUUGUGGGAGCCAACAUUCUAGCCGGCGGUGCCUUCACCGGGGCAUCCAUGAACCCUGCCGUCUCAUUUGGGCCUGCUCUGGUCAGCUGGGACUGGACUAACCACUGGGUCUACUGGGCCGGACCUCUUGUUGGUGGCGGCCUUGCUGGAAUCAUCUAUGAGCUUAUCUUCAUCGGUGGCAGUCACGAGCCAUUGCCCACCACUGAUUACUAGAUAGUUGUUUUUAUUUCGGUCGAUUAAUCUCGUUCUCGUUUGUAUUUAUUUAGUCCGUUUUCAUUUCGAUUUCCUUCUUGUGUUUCUUCCUGAUCAAUGUUGAGCUAUCUAUCCCGUGUCAUUUA